CCCCGCGCUCACCGUCGAUCCGCUGCUGUCAUUUAGGCGACGGUCGAAAAGCGUGCGAACGCAAAAACCUGCUGGAACCGGAGAAGUUGGGUGGCUUUACCAUGUUGACGUUGACACUGAGACAACUAAUCAGGCCGGCGUGCCGCGCUUCGGUCGGCGUCCGGUCCCAGCACUCAGCGGCCGCGGUCUCCGAUGACGAGCGCUCGUGGACGGGACAGGAGAGUCUGUCUCAAGAUGAUCCUGAGAUGUGGGAUCUCCUGCUGAAGGAGAAGGACAGACAGUGUCGAGGACUGGAGCUCAUCGCCUCCGAGAACUUUUGCAGUCGUGCAGCUCUCGAGGCUCAGGGUUCUUGUCUCAACAACAAAUACUCUGAAGGAUACCCAGGAAAAAGGUAUUACGGCGGGGCAGAGGUGGUUGAUCAGAUCGAGCUCUUGUGUCAGAAGAGAGCUCUGGAAGCGUUUGACCUUGACCCGUCUCUGUGGGGAGUCAAUGUCCAGCCAUACUCCGGCUCUCCGGCGAACUUCGCUGCUUACACUGCUGUCCUGAACCCUCAUGAGAGGAUCAUGGGCCUGGACCUACCAGACGGUGGACAUCUCACUCAUGGAUACAUGUCUGACGUCAGGCGUAUCUCGGCCACCUCUAUCUACUUCGAGUCCAUGCCGUACAAACUCAACCCUAAAUCUGGUCUGAUAGAUUAUGAUCAGAUGGAGUUGACGGCGAGACUCUUCCGACCCAAGCUCAUCAUCGCCGGCACCAGUGCUUACGCUCGCCUCAUCGACUACAGCCGCGUCAAGAAGCUCUGCUCCGAGCUCAAUGCGUAUCUGCUGGCAGACAUGGCUCACAUCAGCGGUCUGGUGGCAGGCAGAGCCAUUCCUUCGCCCUUCGAACACGCCGACAUCGUCACCACAACUACCCACAAAUCCCUGCGAGGAUCCAGGGCGGGGCUUAUCUUCUAUCGGAAGGGCGUUCGCUCGGUGGAUAAGAAGGGCAAAGAGGUCAUGUACGACCUGGAGGAGAAGGUCAACUUCUCGGUGUUCCCUUCGCUUCAAGGCGGUCCUCACAAUCACGCCAUCGCCGGCGUCGCUGUGGCUCUCAAACAGGCCAUGACGCCCAUGUUUCGUGAAUACAUCGCUCAGGUUCUGAAGAACUCGAAGGCCAUGGCCGAUGCUCUGCUGGAGAAGGGCUACACGCUGGUCUCUGGAGGAACUGAUAAUCAUCUGGUUCUGGUGGAUCUGAGGCCUCAGGGGAUGGAUGGAGCACGGGCCGAGAGAGUUCUGGAGCUGGUGUCCAUCACAGCAAACAAGAACACCUGCCCUGGAGACAAGAGCGCCCUGACCCCCGGAGGACUGAGACUCGGGUCCCCUGCUCUCACGUCUCGUCAGUUCAAGGAGUCUGACUUCCGGCAGGUGGUGGAUUUCAUCGAUCAGGGCAUCAAGAUCUCUCUGGACGUCAAGAAGAAGACCAAAAAGCUGUCAGAUUUCAAGAGUUUCCUGCUGGAGGACUCGGAGACGGCGUCUCGUCUCUCUGAUCUGCGGCGCCGCGUCGAAGCGUUCGCCCGUCCGUUCCCCAUGCCUGGGUUCCACGACCAUUAGAGCGGCGGAGCGUAACACUGUUCUGUUAGCUUUACGAUCAAUCACUACAUUAUUCAAUCAUUUCCUGGAACUAAACGUCUUAAAACGAGCAGUAGGGCAAAAAAAACCAAGAAAACCCAACAUUCUGGAUGCUUUGUGACAUUAGAAGCUAUUUUAUUUUUUUUAUUAUUUUUUUUUUUUUCAUUAUUGCAUUUUAUCGCAUCCAAAAUAAGUUUUUGUUACAUACUGUAUGUAUAUAUUCAAUAAAAAUAUGUUGGUUAUAUAUUAAAUAAAUAUAAUUAUAUAUAUUUUAAAUGCACAUACGUGCAAAUAUUUAAAAGGUGUAUACUGUAUGUGUUUAUAUAUUUAUAAUAUACACAGUACACACAUGUUAUGUAAACAAAAUCUGAACUUGGAUGUGAUUUAAUCGUGAUGGGUGUUCCUCUUCCAUUAGGAGUGAAGAUCAAACUAAUGAUGCUAAUGUUUACAAAAUGCGAUUCUCAUUUCAGUUUUUUCUACUUGAGUCUGAGUUCUUGUCCUCCGUCUCUGAUAAUGGAGGAGGUUUUGUAAAAGUACAGUAGUGUGUGUAAAGCCUGUAGCCGCUGGCCGUUUCCCAUCUGAAGUGAUUUCUGAGCGGCGGUUGUGAGAAAACGCACCGAUGUCGAUAAACACUUUGAGCCUCUUCUCCACGUUGCACACGUCUGCAAUCCUCCACCUUCAUCCCCGCCUGACAAAACGCUUUUUUAUCACAAAACCAUUCUUUUUAAAUGGACAGAUCUUUACAAAUGAUUUUCUAAAAACGUCUAAUCCCAAUAAAAUGGUGCCGUAGGAAAAUGCAA